AUGAUCAUUAGCUUUCGGGCCAAGGGUGGAAGCAUUUCCAAAACGGUUAAUUUUGUGAACUGUUUACGGGUCGCCGUGGUAAAAGUAUAUCGUGCUUGGCAAAAUGGCAGUGUACAAAAUCAGAGAAUUGACAAAUGUGGUGCACCACAGACCAUAGAAGACAGAGGUGAACGACGGCUGCGGAGAUGCGUUCGGGCGAAUAAACGCACAACCGUUGAACAACUGACCACUCAGAUGAACCAAGGGACUACCAACAGUGUCUCCACAACGACGGUUCAGCAAACGUUGCAGCGUAUGGACCUCCGAAGCAAACGCCUAGUUAAUGCGCCUAUGCUGACUGCUGUUCAUCGGCGACGAAGGUUGGAAAUUGCAGCCAGUACAGCAACUGGACUUGCACUGAAUGGAGACAGGUGA